AAGAUGCAAGUACUGAGAGAUAUAAUCCAUUGCUUCAUCAUAUAUUAUUUGUUGUUAAUCUGUUUUCUUCAUUUUGGAAGAUAUUAUAUGGCAGCAAACUUCACAGCAGGAUGUUGCUCGUGGUUUUGGAUGUCAUAGCUGUUUCUCAAGACUUCAAUAGAUUCUAGUGGGAGUUGCCAAUCAAAAACAAAACAAAAACAGUGGUAUUGCUCCAAUGUCCAUAGAAAGCACUGAGUGCCUUUUCCUUAAAAUAGCCAGGUAAUCCCGCAUUCUUAUUUGGAGUAGUAGGUGCUACAAUAAACAAAAGACAUUUUCUCUAGUGCUUCCUCCACUAUAAUUUGUGGGUUUCACAUGCGUUAACCACAUUUUAGCUCUUGUUUCUGUAUAAAUUACAGAGUUGUUCAGUGUUUGGUGCAUUGCAUUGAAGAAAUGGAGGUUCCAAUGAAGUUCAUCUGCUUUUUAGUUUUUCUUCUUGUUUUGGGCAUCAAUGGGUUCAACAGAGUUGAUGGGGCUGGGGAAUGUGGAAAAUCUUCCCCAGAUGUGGAAGCUUUUAAACUUGCUUCUUGUGCAACUGCAGCACAAGAUGCAAAUGCUCAAGUUCCAGACAGUUGCUGCAGUCAGGUGAAGACAUUGGGCAAGAAUCCAGCUUGCCUCUGUGCUGUUAUGCUUUCUAACACUGCUAAGAGCUCUGGAAUUAAGCCAGAAAUUGCUGUAACCAUUCCUAAGCGCUGCAAUAUUGCUGAUCGUCCUGUGGGUUACAAGUGUGGACCUUACACCUUGCCCUGAGUGUGAAGACCAAAUCAAGGUUCCAAGCUAUGCAGCGUAUGUAUGUAGUAAGUAAAUCUAUUAUCAGUAUCAGUGUGCUGGAUUCGCCAUCGUAGCUACUUCAUCUUGGCUGAUGAAACUGCUGUAAAAUCCAGCCAUUUGAAUAAUAAAUAAAAAUCACUAUGGUUGAUUAUGCAUCUAUCUUCCAUGCUUGGUUAUCCUUUUCUCGUAUCACGGCAUGUGUUGAUGUUUGA